UGUGCGAGUCUGAUUGUAUUUCUGGGUUAAUUUGUGGCUCAACUCAACUUUGUUAACGUCUUGACCUUAAUUUGUAUUCCGCUGUUGCAAAUCUGGGUGACGCAAGAUGCACAAUCACUAUAAAAUGAAGGGCUACCUGAAUCUGUUGGUCAACCAUCCUGCACGAACAAGUGCACAACUGUACCUGGGAGGACACAGGACGACCAUAGAGAGGGAAACACAUUGCACUUCAAUCAGAGCUUGAAGUUGGAAAGAUCACUUUAACAUGGCAGAGGACUGGGGAAAGGUGGCCUUUGCUGCCAGGAGGCGAGACGAUGUAACUCAAUCCGGUGGCUUUGCAUACACUAACAGCAACAACACAAAAGAUCCAUUUGAGGGACCUAACUACCAUAUUGCACCUCGAUGGGUGUACAACAUUUCUACAUUGUGGAUGAUCAUUGUGGUCAUCGCCUCCACAUUCACAAAUGGCCUGGUGCUUGUGGCCACAGCAAAGUUCAAGAAGCUCCGCCAUCCUCUUAACUGGAUUUUGGUCAAUCUGGCUUUCGCUGAUAUUGCUGAGACACUUCUGGCCAGCACCAUUAGUGUUAUUAACCAGAUCUUUGGCUACUUCAUCCUUGGACAUCCCAUGUGCAUUUUUGAGGGCUACACUGUAUCUGUUUGUGGUAUUGCUGCUCUGUGGUCUUUGGCUAUCAUCUCUUGGGAAAGAUGGGUGGUUGUGUGCAAACCCUUUGGAAAUGUCAAGUUUGAUGGCAAGUGGGCAGCUGCAGGUAUCAUCUUCUCAUGGGUCUGGCCUAUUAUCUGGUGUGCACCUCCCAUCUUUGGCUGGAGCAGGUAUUGGCCUCAUGGACUGAAGACAUCCUGUGGACCAGAUGUGUUCAGUGGAAGUGAGGACCCCGGAGUGCAGUCCUACAUGGUGGUCCUGAUGAUUACCUGCUGCUUCAUGCCCCUCGCUGUCAUAGUCUUCUGCUACAUUUUUGUCUUGAACGCCAUCCGAGCUGUAGCUGCCAUGCAGAAGGACUCUGAGUCAACACAGAAGGCAGAGAAGGAGGUGUCCAGAAUGGUGGUUGUCAUGAUCAUUGCCUUUUGCACCUGCUGGGGGCCAUACACAAUCUUUGCCUGCUUCGCAGCUGCUAACCCUGGAUAUGCAUUCCAUCCUUUGGCUGCUGCCAUGCCUGCCUACUUUGCCAAGAGCGCCACCAUCUACAACCCCAUCAUCUAUGUAUUCAUGAACAAACAGUUCCGCUCAUGUAUCAUGCAGCUCUUUGGCAAGGCAGGUGAUGAUGCAUCGGAGGUGUCCACAUCCAAAACAGAAGUCUCCUCUGUUUCACCAUCGUAACUUUUUUUUAUAAUGGGCAUUAUCCCCUCUCAUUCAAUCUAAGGAUUUGCUAUUAUCUGGAUUCCAACGGAUACAUGCUAUGACAAAAAUGAGAUUUGUAAAAACCAAGAAUGUUGAGCAGCAAAGUGUGAAAAACAAAUGUACAUUUAUUUAUACGGGUAUGAGACAUGUAAUAUAGUUAAAUGCAUUGCAAAAAAGAAAAAAAAGUUGUUUUUGUGACCGUUAAUAAAAAAUACUACUGCAU